AUGGCACAGACCAACACUGGCGGGCAGGGGACCAAUGGGGUGGCUGAUGAGUCCCCCAAUAUGAUCGUGUAUAGAAAGAUGGAGGAAGUAAUAGCACGCAUGCAGGCGGAGAAAAAUGGCAUACCGAUCCGAACAGUCAAAAGUUUCCUCACCAAGAUCCCCAGUGUUUUUUCAGGUUCUGAUAUUGUACAGUGGAUGAUCAAGAAUCUAGACAUUGAAGAUCAAGUUGAAGCUCUUCACCUUGGAACGCUGAUGGCUGCGCAUGGCUACUUCUUUCCUAUCUCAGACCAUGUCCUCACCCUCAAAGAUGACGGCACUUUCUAUAGGUUUCAGACUCCAUACUUUUGGCCAUCAAAUUGCUGGGAACCAGAAAACACAGACUAUGCUGUUUACCUCUGCAAAAGAACAAUGCAAAACAAAGCACGUCUGGAGCUUGCAGACUACGAGGCGGAGAGCUUAGCAAGGCUACAGCGAGCUUUCGCCAGGAAAUGGGAGUUCAUUUUUAUGCAAGCCGAAGCACAAGCAAAAGUGGAUAAGAAAAGGGACAAAAUUGAGAGGAAAAUUCUUGACAGUCAAGAAAGAGCGUUCUGGGAUGUGCACAGACCAGUGCCUGGAUGUGUAAAUACAACAGAAGUCGACAUUAAGAAGUCCUCCAGAAUGAAAAAUCCACAUAAAACCAGAAAGUCCGUGUACGGGCUGCAGAAUGAUAUCCGCGCACACAGCCCAACCCACACCCCAGCCCCUGAAGCCAAGCAACCGACAGAAGAGGAACUGCAGGAGCAGAUUACAUUUUGGCAAUUGCAAUUAGACCGACAUCGACUGAAAAUGUCCAAAGUGGCAGAGAGUUUGCUGGGCUACACAGAGCAGUACAUAGAAUACGACCCCUUCCUUACACCGCCAGAUCCCUCCAACCCCUGGAUAUCAGAUGACACCACACUGUGGGAACUGGAAGCAAGUAAGGAGCCUGGCCAGCAGAGGGUAAAGAGGUGGGCUUUCGGCAUUGACGAGGUUUUCAAAGACCCAGUGGGGAGGGAACAGUUCCUCAAGUUCCUCGAGUCUGAGUUCAGCUCGGAGAAUCUCAGGUUCUGGCUAGCGGUCCAGGAACUAAAAAAACGUCCCAUCCGAGAAGUCCCAACUCGGGUUCAGGAGAUCUGGCAGGAGUUUUUGGCUCCGGGCGCACCCAGCGCUAUUAAUGUGGACUCCAAGAGCUAUGACAAAACCACCCAGAAUGUCAAAGACCCGGGACGCUAUGCCUUUGAAGAUGCACAGGAACACAUCUACAAGCUGAUGAAGAGUGAUUCCUACAGCCGCUUCAUUCGGUCCAGUGCCUACCAGGAGUUAUUGCAGGCCAAGAAAAAGAAGAGCAAGAACCUCUUCUGA